AACUAUUUGACGACGCAACAGCGGCACUUCCGGUCCGCAUGUAAACGCUACGGCGUGACUUACAUGUAGAUAAGGCUAAACCGUGAUUGUCUCUGUACUUUUACCACUGUAAACAUGAAGCUGCUAACACACAACAUGUUGACGUCUCACGUGAAGGGAGUCACCAAAGGUUUCCCGCUGCUCAUCAAGGCAACUGAGGUGAAGGUGAAUGAAGUGGAAUUCAACUCUCAGUUUGUGAGCCGGAUGAUUCCCAAACUGGAGUGGGGUGCUCUUGUCCAGGCUGCAGAGGAGCUGGGUCAUCGGCAAGACCUGCCGGGUGAGCUGGUGCCAAACUACGAGACAAACGAGGACUUCCUGAAGAAAGUUCACAGAGUGCUAUUAGAGGUGGAGGUGGUAGAGGGCUGUCUGCAGUGUCCCGAGUCCGGACGAGAGUUCCCCAUCUCCAGAGGAAUCCCCAACAUGCUGCUGAACGAAGACGAGGUGUAAACGGCAGCCCAAUGGUUCCUUUCCCCAAACUGUCACUCAGAUCGGCCUGUGUGUAUUUAGAGAGAGAGAGGAGGGAGGCUGGACGCUGGUUUGAGUUGGUGCCAUGAGAAAAUAGGCCACACUGUUUGGUUGAUUGUAGUUAUGACAUUUUAAGUGGCUGAUGCUGCCAAUGGAGAGAAAAGAUUUGAAGAGUAAUGGAUGGAAAUGUUCCCAGAGACUAACCCCCAGUGCUUUUAUCUGUAUUUAUUUUUGUAACUGUUCGGGCUCUUUCUUUUUCUUUUUCAAUAAAACUGUCCUGAUUUCCAUGACAGCCAAAA